GUUCAGUAUUUCACGGUGCACCAGGUUAAAAAAUGCUUUUUCAUGUCCUUUUUCUGUGUGGUGUUCUUCAUCCUAUAUUGCAUUAUUACAGUGUUUUCGGUAAAAGAGAAAUUCUACAACGUUACGUAAUAGAGGAUGGAGCGAAACCUCCAAUCUUCGGUUCGUAUAGUUACGACCCAGUGAAGCAAGUAUUUAUUCCGCCAGCCUCAGAAGACGGCCACGAGAAUCCGCACCCAGAACCCCAACCAGUCCCUCCACCCGUGCUCCAAACGAAACCAGGAAAAACGACGAAUUCAAAUUGUCUCAACAACACUGGUCGUCCUAUAUUUAGGAAACAUGUGACUGACAUAACUGAGUUCAUAGUCUCGGAGACAGAGCCCGGGAACGACACAGUGACAGUGACUGUGAGCGAGACACCUGGAUUCCCCAUUACAAACUGGUGGGAUAAACCUAAUGCACCCAAAAGUACUACUCCAAAAAAUAUAACUUCAAAUGUAAUAAAUAAGAAAUAGUAAUAACACCUACAGUAUACUUAUGUACAUACAACAUUGUAUUUUUUCACUUCAAUACCUAACUACGUACGUAUAGGUACUUAGAGGAUGCUUAUCUUAAAUAUGACAACCAGAUGAAAAUUAUAUUUUAGCAAAAUGUUUGUAAAUGUGUACCAAUAGGGAUGCCUUAAAAUUAUAUCAUGGCUGUGAUUACAAUUAUAAAAAAUCAAGCGCGGCGCAUAUAUCGUACCUUUAUAAAGGGUAAAAAAUACCUGCUGCCUAAGGGAUAUCUAGGGUGUGAUGUCGGUAUCCUUCUGCGGUGAUGUCUUGCCGCGGAAGAAGGCUGAGGAAAGAGAGACUGAGAUUACGACUCCCGUUUCUACCGACAGCAUUCGCACCCGGCGUAGGAGGGUAGAAAUUGCAGUCUUUCGACCCCCUUCAAUGGGCCUGGCGACGAUGGAUUUGCGGAAUGCUCCACUACCCUCACCCUGUUAAACAAGAUCCGAGACGGUGGCUAUGUGUCCACAUACGCUUCCAAGUUGGAGUACGAGAGAGAUAACACUCCUCUCCCUUGUGCAUCAGCUGUUAUGCAGGGCGGACCUCAAUUCCCUAUUAAACGUGUAGUAAAUUUAAAUAAAAUACCCUCAACUAUUGUAA